AUGGAUGCUUUCAAGCUGUUGACCAGAUCGACCAAAUUCAAGACUGGUCCUAGCUCGUCUUCAGCAUCACUUCCCUCGACAGGCAAGGCGGAGAACCCGCAGCUGUUUCGUAAUUCCGAAGCUGAGAAGCUCCUUGAAGAACAGAAGAAUGGCAAGAAAAGAAAGAGGGGUUCUGCGGCGGAUGAGCCGGAGGAACGCGAACCGAAUCUGGACUUCUUCAGCUCUAAUAAAGGAUCUUCGAAGAAGGUUGUGAAGGCCGAAGAGGCGCCAUCGGAUGAGGAACGGGGCUCUGGCUCGGAAGACGAAGAUGAGAUGGAUGAAGUGCAGCGCAGAACGAUCUUGAAUUCUCACAAGAUCAAAGUGACGGAUAUGCGCGAGCUUGAGGAAAUCCAACCUGUGCAGGCGCAGGGCGAAGAAGAACCGAAGAAGAAAAAGAAGAAGAGAAAGCAGAAAGAAGAGCCUGCUCAGACACUCACUAAGAAAGAGCAGAAGAAGGCUCGGCGGUUAUUCCCGCGGCCUCUUGUUUCUUUCAAGGAGUUGCGCACACAGUACAAGAUCUCGCGCCGUUUGGCGGAAAACAUCACCGAACAGGGCUUUACGGUACCUACGGAAGUGCAGCUGGGAACUCUGCCUUUGUUGCUGGGUGACCGGACGAUUGGCCAGUCGAAGACGGAAGAGCCGGUUGAGCCGGAUCUUCUGGUUGUUGCGCCAACGGGAAGUGGAAAGACUCUUUCGUUCUUGAUUCCGGUUAUCAAUAAGAUUGUGCGCCAUCACCAUGGACAACAAGAAGAACGAGGCAUUUUUGCGGUCGUUGUUGCGCCGACUAAGGAGCUAGCCAGUCAGAUUGUCAACGAAGGGAGAAAGUUGGUCUCGGGGACUGGUGUUAAGAUCACGUUAAUGAAGAAGGGUAUGCAGGUCGUGGAGCGUGAGGACGACGAUGAGGAUGUUUUGGACGAGGGCAGUUCCGAAUCUUCUGAGUCGGAGGACGACGAAAAGACUACCGAGAAGAAAAGCAAGGGCAAGGCCCCUGUCACUAAGAGUGAUAUUCUCGUGACGACUCCUCUACAACUGGUCAAUGCACUCUCUGCAAACAAAACCAAACCCAUGGCUACGUUGCCCUUAGUGAGGAAUAUUGUCCUUGAUGAGGCAGAUGUUCUCUUGGAUCCUUUGUUCCGUGAGCAGACUCUUGAUAUCUGGCGCGCCUGCACACACCCCGAGCUUCGAGCAAGUCUAUGGUCAGCUACCAUGGGCUCGAGCAUCGAAGAUCUCGCCAAAUCAACAAUCAAGGAGCGCAAGGAUGCUUCAAGUCUCACAAAGUCUUACCCAUUAUAUCGCCUCGUCGUUGGAUUGAAGGACUCCGCCAUUCCCAACAUCCAGCAUAAGCUGGUCUACGCUGCAACGGAACAAGGAAAGCUACUCGGUCUAAGACAACUGCUCCAUCCGGCUGCGGCAGCAGCAUCGGAUAUUCGCCUUCGUCCGCCGUUCUUGAUCUUUACACAGACUAUUCCUCGAGCCGUGGCACUCCAUUCAGAACUGCGCUACGACAUUCCUCCCGAAGCUGGUGGCUCAUCGCGUAUCGCUGUCCUCCACUCCGAUCUCUCGGACGGCCAGCGCUCUGAGAUUAUGAAGAACUUCCGCAAGGGCGAGAUCUGGAUUCUCGUUACAACUGAUCUUUUGGCUCGCGGUAUCGACUUCCGCGGAAUCAACGGUGUUGUCAACUACGAUAUUCCGAACUCGGCGGCUGUCUAUGUUCACCGAGUUGGACGUACGGGCCGGGCUGGUCGUGAAGGUGGUGUCGCAGUGACAUACUACACGAAGGAAGACAUCCCUUACGUCAAGAGUAUUGCAAACGUUAUCGAUGUCAGUGAGAAGCUACGAGGAACGGAGGGCGAGAAGUCAGUGCAAAAAUGGCUUCUGGACUCUCUCCCCGAUCUCAGCAAGAAGGACAAGAAAGAGUUGAAGAAACACGGCGUCAGAGCCAGACAGACGAACCUCAAGAGCGUGGCAGAUGACAAGCAGCAGCGGAAGACAAGAAUCAGUACGAAGAGCGGCUUCGAGCGACGCAUGGAAAACAAGAAGAAGGGCGCCAUCGCAGCGAGCCGUAACAGGAAGCUCCAAGGACCAUCAGGUGCGGAGCCUGAUAGCGGCGACGACGGCUGGGGUGGCAUCCAAGAGUGA